UAUAUAUUUCGCAGCUUCCCUUUGUAGGCCUCAUUGAGAGUUGAGACUAUCAGAUAUUUGAAAUUCAAAUUGUCUGUGCAACUCGGAAUGGCUCGUACAAAGCAAACAGCCCGUAAAUCUACCGGUGGAAAGGCUCCCAGGAAGCAACUUGCUACUAAGGCUGCGAGGAAGUCAGCCCCUACCACAGGAGGAGUGAAGAAGCCCCAUCGUUAUCGACCUGGAACUGUCGCUCUCCGUGAAAUCCGAAAGUAUCAGAAGAGUACCGAGCUUCUCAUCCGGAAGCUGCCAUUCCAAAGGCUUGUACGUGAAAUUGCUCAGGAUUUUAAGACAGAUCUGAGGUUUCAAAGUCAUGCGGUGCUUGCGCUCCAAGAAGCCGCAGAAGCAUAUUUAGUUGGUCUCUUUGAGGACACCAACUUGUGUGCCAUCCAUGCUAAGAGAGUCACCAUAAUGCCAAAGGAUAUUCAACUUGCAAGGCGGAUUCGUGGAGAACGAGCUUAAGCUGAUCAUGAUGUUGAUUAGUGAUCAAUAUCUUUUAGGUUGUUCGUGUAAUGAUCAAUCUCUUUUGUUAAUGAUCAAUCUCUUUUUGGUUAUCUCAAGGACCUUAUCGUGUUCUAUAAAUUCUAGUACUGGGUUUGGUGAUAGAUACAUUGAUUAAUAUGAAUUGCUGAUUCUGAUUAGGUUC